UUGCCGGGCGGUCGAGUGGAGAUCGAAGCGGUGGCUGUUCUGGGACCUAUUGUUGAUAGCCCCAUGGACAAUAAGCUAUAAAUUGGUGUUGGACGCUGUUGGUGAUGAUGAGAAGCCAGUGACUAAGAUUACACUACACCAUUGUUGGUUUUACUUUCCUCUAUCUUCUAAGUGACGAUUAAUUAUUUUGAAUUCAAAAACUGCGAUUCCAGAUCAAUUAGGAGAUAGAAUCAUCAUUGUCCUCUGCUGGAUUGAUUGCUUCCUCGGUCUACUGUAACAAGAGCCAUUGUUGUCAGUGUGUAACUGCCUGUGCCAUGCACCUCACAAUAAAAGUUUUUUUUCC